UUCUCUGACUGACCGGUGGAAUGUUUUGUACCCACAGACAUCCUGUUGCCUCUCUGUUCCAGGAGAAUUAGAAGAAUGUUCUUGGGUGCAAACCCUUGUUUUGAUUUCUGCUCUUAAACAGUGUCUUACCUAGUUUGAAGAUUAGAGAGAGCUUUUGGCUUGUAUAAGACAAAAGAAAAUGGAAGAAGAUGAGACUUUACAAAGUGAAGCUGAGAGGGCAAAAGUUGAAACAUGCACUACUCCUGAGGUCGGUCAGCAGGUAUCAGCCAAUGAGUUCCUUUGCCACUGCUGUUACGACAUUCUGGUCAAUCCCACCACUCUGAACUGUGGGCAUAGUUUCUGUAGACAUUGCCUAGCUUUGUGGUGGGUAUCAUCCAAGAAGAAUGAAUGCCCUGAAUGCAGAGAAAAAUGGGAAGGAUUCCCCAAAGUCAACAUCCUCCUCAGGGAUGUUAUUGAAAAGCUAUUUUCUGAUGCCAUUGAACAAAGAAAAGAAGAUAUUCAACAAAACAGUGAUAUAGCACACAGCUUAGCAACCUUCCAAAAAUAUGGGAAUGACCAGAUCCCUACAGUUCCGAACACAGGAAGAAUUAAUCCUCGAGGAGGAGGGUUUUUCUCAGGCGUUCUGACAGCUUUAACUUGUGUAGCAGUAGUUCUACUUGGAUAUCACUGGAGUAGCAGAGAAUUUGAAGAUCUUCUUGUCCACAAGCCUGUUGCUAAAUGGACUUCUGAGGAAGUAAUACGCUGGCUGGAGCAGCUUGGUCCAUGGGCUUCACAUUAUAAAGAAAGAUUUUUACUGGAGAAAGUAAAUGGAAGACUCCUUCUAACACUGACAGAGGAGGAUUUUACAAAAGAACCUUACAGUAUAGAGAACAGUAACCACAGAAAAGCUAUUAUGGAGGAACUGGAAUGUGUGAAAACUUUAGGUGUUAAACCACCACAGAACCUUUGGGAAUAUAAGGCAGUAAAUCCUGGAAAAUCUCUCUUUCUUCUCUAUGCACUGAAAAGUUCUCCAAGACUCAGUAUGUUAUACCUAUAUGUGUUUGAUUAUGCAGAAGCUUUCCUACCUUUCAUCCACACAAUUUGCCCUAUGCAAGAAGACAAAUACGAAGCUAUUGUCCCAAAACUGCUAGACCUUGAAGAUCCUUCUUGGAAACAGUGGAGAGAAUUCAUUAUAAAGUAUUUAUUUUUACCAUACCAGUUGAUAGCUGAAUUUGCUUGGGAUUGGCUGGAUGUGCACUACUGGACAUCAAGAUUUAUAAUUGUGAAUGCUAUGUUGCUAUCUGUCCUGGAAUUAUUCUCAUUUUGGAGGCUCUGGUCAAGAAGAGAAUUGAAGACUAUUCCUCAAAGAAUGUGGAGACAUUUCUGGAAGGUCUCAACUCAGGGUCUUCUUGUUGCAAUUUUUUGGCCUUUUAUUCCUCAGUUUGUGUGCAAUUGUUUGUUUUACUGGGCCUUAUACUUUAAUCCAAUUAUAAACAUUGAUCUUGUGGUUAAAGAAGUGAGGCGUCUAGAGACACAAGUUCAGUGACUGGCUUUGGAACUUUUGAUCUGUUUAACUUCUAAAAAUGGACACCUGAAAUGAGCUUUGCUUUUCUUAUAUAUAUAUGGCAGUGAAAAUGGUGGAUAAUGUUAAUUUUAAAUGUAUAGAAAAGCCUUAA